AUGGCCAUCAUUGCAGUUACUGGUGGGACAGAACCUAUAAGGGAAAAUAUCGUUGAGGGCUUGGUCCAGCACGGCAGCCAGGUCUUCGUUCCCUCCCGAGGGGUACUAUAACCCUUCCUGGCCACGGAAGCCCAGAAGUUGACUAUCAUAGGAAAAUGUACCCACAUUGGGCGUUAACUACCUUCUUGCUCAGUAUGACGAUAUUGAAACCACUGCUCAGACCUUGCAGCAAGCGAAGAUUGACGCUCUCAUCUUUGCAAUUAGCGUGUGAGACGAGAAGGCAAGCGAGGCACAAAUCAAUCUCAUCCUGACAUCUCAUCUCUCAUCAACGACUCGAAGAUUCACUAUCAGCACUUACGACAAGCUUCAAGUGCAAGAGUAUGACGGUCCACGCAUGCGAAAUUCCGAGUUCCGCCAUGCUAACGGUCACAGGCAUGCGUCUUUGACACCUCGCGUAAGAUACGCACUCAAUGCUCUGGAGGAGCUGGAAAAGACAAAUCUAUCAUAUACACGAAUAGUUAAUGGGCUGUUUUUAGAUUACUACGGCAUGCCGCACUGGAAGACAUCACUCCACCCCUGGCUCAAUGUUCUCAACAUGGAGAAGAAAUGGGCCGUCAUCCCCGGCGAUGGAUCUGCUAGAGCAGCUUUCAUCACAUCCCAAGACCUCGGCACUUUUAUCGGAAGAUUGAUGGACCUAGACCACUGGGACAAGGUUAGCUCAAUCGUGUCCAACACGAUGACAAUGAGUGAGCUUGCUGAACUUGCAGAAAAGAGAAGAGGUAAUGUCAUCGGUCAAGCGGCUUCGUUUUCCCAAAGUAACACGAGACGCAGGUUGCAAGUUUAA